AUGCUGGGUAAUCUACUAUCUGUACCUUACUUUGGUGUCCAAAGAGUCGGUUGCGAAAGCUCUACCUCGAGCCUUUCUGCCUUGAGCAUCUCCCCAGAAAUCUUGCCUCGACAAGCCGAACCCGCCAUCACCCAAGGCAUCUUCGUAGUCCCAUGUUGGCUCCCCUGCACCCUUCAUGUUCUUCAAAAUGCAUUGGAAAAACCAUGGACGAAUGCGGUGAUUCGGUCCGGCGAGCUGUUCAACUUGAGCUUGAAGGGAGGGAUCGAGAACUCCCCUUCCGGGGUGUUCGAAACCGUCAACGCCCGCCGUCGGUACAUUUCCUGUGUCAGGCCUACAAAUCUGAACCUCCAUCUCGAAGAAAAGUUUUCGAGGGUCACAUACGCUGGGACGUCAGAGGAAAUUUUGGUUGAGAGUGUUCAAGGAGUUUUGCAAAACUCGGAGUUGGAAGAGAGGAAACUGAGUGAAUUCGAUCUGGUAUCUGGGUCCACGCCGAUGCCUUUUACCAAACAACCAACUCAAUGGCAUUUUUUUCGAAGCCAGAUCUCAGAGGCAACCUUUUCGUUCGGUGCCGCGACGACUCAUGCACCAUACAUCAUGGCGGAACUGGCAUAUCAUGACUGCUCAGACUCACUGCUCCCCAUCCACGACACAACAGAAACCAUCCUCGUCCUCCCUUUACGAGAGUUUAUUCUAUUCAUCUUUUACAAAGACAGCGAAGAAUCACCCCGGGAUUCGAGUAUGUCUAGUUUUAUGUAUACUCGAGCCGACCUAAAGUUUUCACAGAACAACCAUACCAUGCGUCUUCACACACUAACAUCGAAUUCGGUCGGAGAAAAAGUCCGAAACCACAUCUUCAACACCGUAAACGACCACUGGGGAAUCAGCCAAUUCUCCAAAACCAACCUCCCCCUCCCCAUCUCCCACAUCCACUUCAUCGCCCACCCAAACGAGGACAACUCUGGUAGCGACGGGCAACAACCCACCAACCACUGGACCAUGUACCUCGAAACAUCACCAACUUCCUCGGUCCACAUUGACGUCGCUCCAGACGAUAACGAUGUUGCGAUGGUCAUGCUUGACACGGAACAGGUCAAUUAUGACGCCUACAACGUCUUUCACAAAUCGCUUCCUGUGAUUGGUGAGAGCUGUAGUGUGGCGACGGUUCUAGAUGUCUUGAUUACAAAGAAAAGGGACGUGUAUAGGUUCGCUCCGGUGGGUGAAGGAUGUCGAUACUGGCUCUCCAUCUUUGUACUGGAUCUGGUGGAUGCUGGAUUGGUGAACAGGGGAGACGCUCAAGACGCCAUUGAUGGGCUUGGGAUGUAUUGGUCUUUUCCUCCUGGCACUGGCUCAUUUGCAAGAGAGAUUGCACGGGGUUCUAUCUAG